GAGUGGUCACCAGGAGUAAACCUGUGAUGAUAGUGACUGAAUACAUGGAAAAUGGAUCCUUGGACAGCUUUCUGAAAAAACAUGAUGCCCAGUUUACUGGUAUCCAGUUGGUGGGCAUGCUGCGUGGCAUCGCGUCGGGCAUGAGGUACCUGUCUGACAUGGGUUACGUCCACAGGGAUCUGGCCGCUCGUAAUAUCCUGGUGAACAGCAACCUGGUGUGUAAGGUGUCUGACUUCGGCCUGUCCAGAGUCCUGGAGGACGACCCCGAGGCAGCUUACACCACACGGGGAGGUAAGAUCCCUAUCAGGUGGACAGCUCCAGAGGCCAUCUCCUACAGGAAGUUCACCUCGGCCAGCGAUGCCUGGAGCUACGGUAUCGUGCUCUGGGAAGUGAUGUCAUACGGGGAGCGGCCUUACUGGGAGAUGUCCAAUCAGGACGUGAUCAAAGCGGUGGAUGAGGGCUACAGACUGCCUCCUCCUAUGGACUGUCCUGCAGCUCUGUACCAGCUGAUGUUGGACUGCUGGCAGAAGGAGAGGAACAACAGACCCAAGUUUGAACAGAUCGUCAGCAUCCUGGAUAAACUCAUACGCAACCCUGGGAGCCUGAAGAUCACAGCCAACACCUCAUCCAGGCCAGCCAACCUGCUUCUGGACAGGAGUAGUUCUGAGGUGGUUCCAUCGUUGGACACCAUGGGGAUUGGCUGGACAGCGUGAGGACUCUGCCCUGUAAGGAGGCCUUCUCUGGGGUCAGCUACAGCUCCUGUGACACCCUGCCCAAGACCUCCGCAGAAAUCUGUCUGACAGAGGUCCAGCACCACGUCACAGCAGCCACCUGCCCAGAGUGGGAGCCUUCAAUGGGGAUCACCACCCUCUAACCCCCUCUCCUCUCCAUCCCCUACUCCAGAGACACCGGAUGGGACCUAAAGAAGGUUGGUGUGACUAUCGUCGGCCCCCAGAAGAACAUUGUGAGCAGUAUCAAAGCACUAGAGAGCCACAGUAAGAAUGGCCCUGUCCCAGUCUAACUCAACCAAGCCACUAGAGAUCCACAGAUUGGCUGACUGGCUGCCCUCUGGCCCCCGUUCCAUUCUGAAUGAAGCCCGUCUGGCCCCCGUUCCAAUCUGAAUGAAGCCAUUCUGGGUCCCAAUCCAUUCUGAAUGAAGCCCUUCUGGGCCCCGUUCCGUUCUGAAUGAAGCCCAUCUGGGCCCGGUUCCAUUCUAAAUGAAGACCCUCUGGACCCCGUUCCAUUAGGAAUUCAGCCCUUCUGUGCCCUGUUUCAUUCUGAAUUAAAGCGUCUCCUUUUCAGUUCCUCCCUCCACAUCUGUGGACGUUUCAGUUAGGUUCAUUCCACGAGGGAGACCUCCCCUGUCGAGGUGUAGUGAUAGGGAAUGAAGGAGGGGAGAGGACGGCUCAUAGCACUUAGAACAGCCCUCUGAUCUCUGUAACAUGCAGGAGGAAGUCCCAAACUAAAGGAGGAAGUAGACAUUAGAAAAGUGGUGCAGCGGAGGACAACAGCUCUGAGGUUUGAUGAUGUCACCAUGAUAUCAUGCCCUUACCCUGAAUCCAGGGCAAGCAGUCAGACCGACAGACAGACCAACCCUUCGACACUCCGCACCAUUGCUGAGAUGCCUUACUGAGAACACAGGAAAGAGGGAGAUAACCUGGCCUUGGACCUUAAGGGCACGAGGAUAAAGGGCUGGAGCUGGGAUUGGAGAACCUGGGACAGCAGGGCCCUGUGUGUGACUUAUUGUGGAAAGGGGCUUGUUGAGAACUGAAGCAGUCGUGAUCUGAUCCUGUGGAUUUGACUGACAGUUUCUAAGCUCUGGAGAGGAGAACUUUAAAUGCCUUGAGUAGAACAACGCAGACAGCAGCAGCAAUCCACAUCAACCUGGAGCAGACGAAGCACACCUGGAGACUCCCACCACUGAAGACCCCACUCUCUCUCACAGAGAAGGACUGAUACUACUCUGUGUGUGUGUGUGUGUGUGUGUGUGUGUGUGUGUGUGCGUGCGUGCGUGCGUGCGUGCGUGUGUGUGUGUGUAUGCACCCAUGUCUCUGCAUGUGAGUGUGAAGGUAUACUCAAGAGAAAAUCAGCUUGAGAAGGAAGCCAAACCAUUUGAUGGGCACCCAGACUAGAAUAAGCCAUUUAUCCCAUAGCUAUAGACUAAUGUCUGCAAACAGUCAAUGUCAAACAGAGAGCAAUAAUCAUAACAAUCAGUUUAUCAGUUUGAUCAACCUGAAGUCAUGAGUCUCAGACCUGUACAGUUUGCUCUGAUGGUAAACAGGACAUAUCAGACCACAGAACUGUAACUAACUACUACCUGUCUGCUUAUCAUACAUACAGUUGAAGUCGUAAGUUUACAUGCACCUUAGCCAAAUACAUUUAAACUCACUUUUUUUCCUGGCAUUUAAUCCUAGUAAAAAUUCCCUGUUUUAGGUCAGUUAAGAUUACCA